GAGCCGCCAUGUUGCUGUCAGAGCGGAGUGGGCCUGCGGCCUCAGGCGGGUUUUGAAUCGACACCGAGAGAGAAGCGGCUCGAGCUGGGACCGGGACCGGCAGCGGAGGACAUUCCGACUCCUCCGUCACCAUGAGGUGGGCAGAGGCGCAGCGGCCAGGCGGACACCGCGGCGACAAUGUGAGGGAACCGAGGCGGUGAAGAUGGCGGCGGAGCGGCGGGAGGUCCCCCUGAUGGGAGGCUUCAUCCUCGCUUGUUCAUUCUUUUUGGGAGACGUGGAAUGUUCCGGAAUGGCCGCCUGCCAUGGGAGGCUGGAGCCACACAAAGAGCAACGUGGAGUUAUCUACAGCCCCUCCUGGCCCAUGAAUUAUCCUCCAUCUAUGAAUUGCAGCUGGUACAUCCAGGGGGACUAUGGAGACCUCAUAACCAUCAGCUUUCAGAAUUUUGACCUAGAGAAUUCUCACAAAUGUACGGUGGACUGGCUGAUGGUUGGACCAGCCCCAAAGCGAGAGGAAUACAGAAUGUGUGGCUCAUACACCCCCCAACCCUUCAUCUCCACCAGAGACCAUGCGUGGAUCUUCUUUCAUUCCGAUCCGACUAGCUCAGGGCGCUCUCGGGGAUUCCGAUUGUCCUAUAUCCGAGGGAGACUGACUCAGAGCAGCUGCAAGCCGGAUGAAUUCCUGUGUGGGAAUGGGAAAUGUAUCCUGAGCACGUGGAGAUGUAAUGAUAUGGAUGAAUGUGGAGAUAACUCUGAUGAGCAGGAUUGUCAGCUCCCUCCGACCAUGCCACAUACAAGCCAGUGUUCAACUAGAACUUUCCAUUGCCUGGUUAAUGAUGUCCCCCAGUGCCUCUCGCUGAAAGUUCGGUGCGAUGGCAGCGUGGAUUGUGACCAGGGGACGGAUGAGGAAAAUUGUCCUGAUACCAGCUGUGGCAAGAGAAUGGGCAAUUUCUAUGGUUCGUUUGCUUCACCUGACUACUUCCGGUCGCAGCAAGACCGGGCACAGUCGGACUGUAUGUGGGUGGUGGACACUCAGGACAGCAGGCACAUUGUGCUGCAACUGAACCUACAGUUGGGCUACAAUGAUAAGGUGCAUGUGUAUGAUGGAGCAAGCAGGCAGCAGGGCAGACUGCUUCAGGCAUUGUCGUUCCGUAAUAAUCGGCACACUGUCACCAUUGAGUCCUCACAAGGUCAAAUCACCGUCUUCUACCAUACUGACCCUGGCAGCACAGGCCAUGGUUUCAAUGCCACAUACCAGGUGAAAGGCUACUGCCUUCCACAAGAGCACCCUUGUGGGAAUGAUGGGGGCUGUUUUGCAGACACUCAGCGCUGUGAUGGUUGGUGGCACUGUCCGAAUGGCAAGGAUGAGGAGAACUGUGCUGCCUGCCAAAAGGAUGAAUAUCCAUGUGGGGGCACCAGUGGCAUGUGCUACCCGCUGGCAGACCGCUGUAACAACCAGAAGAACUGCCCUGAUGGCGCUGAUGAGAAAAACUGCUUCUCCUGCCAGCCCGGGAAUUUUCACUGUGGUACCAAGAUCUGCAUCUUUGAGCAGUGGCGAUGUGAUGGCCAGGAGGAUUGCCAGGAUGGCAGUGAUGAGCAGAACUGCCUGGUGGUGGUGCCAAGGAAAGUGAUCACAGCUGCCUUGAUUGGAAGCCUGAUAUGUGGCCUCCUGCUGGUCAUUGCCUUGGGCUGUGCUUUCAAGCUGUACUCCCUCAGGACCCGCGAAUACAGAGCUUUUGACACCCCCAUGACCCGGCUGGAGGCAGACUUUGUGCAACGUGAGGCUCCCCCAUCAUAUGGCCAGCUGAUUGCCCAGGGACUCAUCCCACCUGUCGAUGACUUCCCUGUCUACAACCCAGCUCAGGCCUCUGUCCUGCAGAACUUACGCUCAGCUAUGAGACGCCAAAUUCGUCGCCACGCUACACGCAGGAUGUCCUCUCGUGGACGCCUCAACAGGAUUUGGAGCAGGUUCUUCCAGAGACCCAGGGGCUGGGGGCUUAUACCUCUGCUCACCCCCACCUCUGCCUCAAAUGCUCCAUCUUGUCAUCUGGGUCAGAGUGAGACAGUGCGGAACUGCCAACAAGAGGAGAGCCGGCGGAGCUGUGUGCAGCCUCGAGAGGAGCCUGACUCAGAGACAGAUACAGAGACCGAGCGGCCAGUUGGUGAAACUUCGCGGAUCACAACAGAUGCCUUGAUGUUAGAAAACUCAGUGCCAAAAGCGUCUUCGUCACCCAGCUCCGAUAGUCAGACAGAGCUACAGACCCCGUGCUUGCUGCACUCUUCAAGCUCUGAGGAGACUUGUAGUGCUGACUUUGACUUUCCUCUCAGGCAGUCAUCACGAAGCAGCUGUAGCAGAGGUGUGCGUAUCCGCGACCCCCUGUCUGGCACUCUGGAGUGGAGCUUUAGCAGCCGCCGACACCGUUUUCGCCCUGGCUCUCGCACUGUGUCCAUGAGGUCUGGGGGAGGCAGGGCCAGGAGCUCGAUUACCAUGAAUAUAACCGUGCUGGGGAGAAAUUACUUCUCAGCAGAAUCCGACCAUCCCCAAGAUCCCAGGCAGCAGGGUUUCACCUCGGUUCCUCCUACAUGCAGGAGUCAGUGCUGCAGUUGCCCAGAAUCUGUGAUAGAAAGACCAUGCUCCCUAUCAAUGCCUCACCACAAACACAUCUGUGCAGAGAGCCCAUCCCCAGACCCUUCCUUCCGGAACCCCUUCCGUCAGUCAGACUCCAGGAGUGAUGAGCCAGCCCUGCUUGAUUGCUAAGAACCAUCCCCUUAUCUCCACACUGAUAUUUUCAAUGGGGAACGCUUUCUGAUAUUUUUAUUGCUACAGUAUUUUUAAAACCGUUGUUUCCCUCUCCAACAACCAAAAAAAAAGGAGAACCACAUAUCACUGAAGCUGCUUUUGAAUGUAAUGCGUUAUCAUGGGGAUUGUGCUGGAUUCAGCAGCAAGUCCUUAAUUGGAACACCAGUUGCAUUUACAAUCACCUGACAUUUGUUGUGUCGUCAAUGUUAUUUAAAGCAUUUAGCCAUUGUAUGGUUUAAUACGUGGCUGUAAAUGUUGAUGAGACUUUGAAAUGUCCUAUUUAUACAGUCAAACCCAUCAUUCCUGAAGAGUGCCAAUGAAUCUCAGGAGUUGACAUGAAUACACAGCAAUAUGAUUCUCACCACUGCAGAUGGUAUCUUGGUUUUGUUCUGUAAUACCUGCUUCCAGGAAAUAGUCAGAGGUUACUUCAGAAUCUCCAUGCAAAAUUCCGGAUGACCUCUCACCGUCAUAACCAUUCUAGACUAUUAACAGACAGGUUUGAGGCGGUGAUUUGUUGACGGACUGAUUAUUGCAACAGUCUUUAAGUUUCUGUUGAACCCUCUGGCUUCUCUAUACAUUUUAUCUUAAGUUUAUCUAUCUGUUGCUUUCUGACUCUGUCUUUCUCUGCCUUCCCAGUCUGCAUCUGUCUCUCUAUAGUUUAUUUCACUGGAUUUGCUCUUCCCUGUCCUGUUUCCUCUCUGUCUGGAGUUUAACUGUAGUUUUCUUUCUCUCUCAAUUCUCCAAACUCUUCCCUUCUGUCUUUUCAUUCUCUCUCUCUUCUCGCUGCCCUCUCUUUCCUUCGUCUCUCCCUUGAUACUUAUUUUCUUUUUCUCCUCUGUCCCCUCUCUCUGCACUGUAAAUUCCCUGUGUCCAGUGUGGGCCAUUGACCACUCUUUAUCUGUGGUUUCUCAUUGUCACUGUUCAAUUAUUUUUGCUUCUUUUCCUUGUGAUUAUCCUUUGACUCAAUGAAAACUUUGGGAUAGAGCUGCUAAAUGUGGAAACCAAGCAAAAUAUCGAAUAGCAAUCCUGUUUUAUGAUAGCUUGUACAAGAAGGGGAGCUCGGUUAAAACAUGCGAUGAUGCAGGGGCCUAAAGUGUGUUCCUCAAUGAAAGUGCCCACAUGGAAACUGCUCCCUGGAAUAAGUAAUGUGCUGUCUGUGGGAGGGUAGGGAUGGAUCAAGAUCUAUUCUGUCAUUGGAUUACCAACUUGUACUGUGAUUCAGGUCUACUUCCUGAUGCUGAGAUUUACACAAAUGUCCACUGUACAUUUCUACCAAAAUGUUAGAGCUGUGCAGGCACAUACCUUCACAUUAAAAUACUUUAUCUUCAGUCAA